AUACUGUUUCCGGUUUAAAAUUGCACGUGGUGAAUCAAAACAAAUUUGCCAUGUGAUUUUCCUAAAGUUAUUUCUUUUCAAAAGCUCAGCAACAAUGCCAAGUGCUAGCAAAAUAUUCUCUGGAUACCGGGCAUUAGGCUAUGUGAGCAAUGACAUCCCACUUGUUGUACGCCAUCACCAAAGAGAAAAAGAAAAUUAUGUGUGCACCAGCGUUGGAAAAUCAUUCCACACAUACAAUUGCUCCAAACUUGGUAUCGUCAGUGUCAGUGAUAUUCAUCCAGCUGAUGUUACCUGCCUAGCAGCUGAUGCCAAGUAUGUGUAUUCUGCUUGCGGCACAACCAUCCAGGCCUUCAAGAAAGGGAGAAAGGCAGUAUAUACCUAUGAGGGCCACAAGAGUGAUGUGCACAUACUCCUGCCCUUUGGAGAACACCUGAUAUCAGUAGAGGAAGACAGUCACGUCUUUGUCUGGGAUAUUGAGUCUCAAGAAAUCUACUUAGAGAUGAAUUUUUAUAACCACUCCUUUGGAGUGACGGCCAUGCUCCAUCCCAACACCUACCUGAACAAGAUCCUGGUGGGCAGCAAGCAGGGCAUCAUGCAGCUGUGGAACAUCCGGGUCGACAGACUCAUCUACUCCUUCACCAGUUGGGACUCGCCCAUCCUCGUGCUAGAACAGGCUCCAGCAGUGGACAUUGUGGGAUGCGGCCUGGCGGACGGCAGGAUCAUCCUGCACAAUUUGAAGCUGGACGAGACACUGAUGAAGUUCACUCAAGACUGGGGGCCUGUGACUACCAUUUCUUUCAGGACAGAUGGACAUCCAGUGAUGGCUACAGGAAGUACCGCAGGCCACAUUGCAUUGUGGGAUCUAGAAGACAGAAAGUUAAAGAGUCAGAUGCGAGAUGCUCACUCGUCAUCUGUGACUGGGAUGCGAUGUCUCCCGUCAGAACCUCUCAUGGUCACCUCCUCUGCAGACAACACACUUAAGGUAUGGAUAUUUGACCAGCCAGAUGGAGGCGGGAGGUUGUUGCGACACAGGGAAGGACACAAAGCCCCACCAACACGCAUACGUCACUACGGCAGAGAUGGUCAAAAUAUUAUCAGCGCAGGUCAAGACAGUCUGGUGUUGUCCUUCUCCACGCUACAUGACAAACACAACAAGAGCAUGGGCCGGGCAUCCUACAACAAGAAACAAUCCAAGAAAUCUGGCCGUAGACUUGACCAGCACAUGAUGCCUCCGGUCACAGAAUUCACAGCAGAGCAGUGUCGUGAGAGUGACUGGGACAACAUGGUGGCAUGUCAUCGAGGGGAGAGGGUCGUGACCACCUGGAGCUACCAGCGUUCCACCAUGGGUAAACACAAGUUUGAGAAUGACAGGUUCCACGAUAACCCAGUACAUCGGAGGACAACAGCCGAGGCGGUAGAGAUCACUCCAUGUGGGAACUUUGCUCUGAUUGGCUACAGCUCUGGUCAUGUAGAUAUGUACAACCUUCAGUCCGGCAUCUUCAGAGGGACGUUUGGGACACCAACAGCACACUCCUGUUCUGUGAGGGGUAUUGCUGUGGAUGGGCUCAACCAGCUGGUCGUCACAGCAGGGGCAGACGGACAAGUCAACUUCUGGAAAUUCAAAACAAAAGUGUUUCUAUGCUCUGUGAAACUCAAAUGCAGUAUAUCUCGUAUUCUUCUUCACAGGGAAAGUGCCAUGUUGGCGGUGUCUCUAGAUGACUACAGUGUUGUGGUGGUCGACAUCGACACACGACGGGAGGUCCGGGUCUUCAGUGGCCACAGCAACAUCAUCACAGACAUGACAUUCAGCCCUGAUGCUCGGUGGUUGGUAACCUCAUCCAUGGACUCCUCAGUGAGAGUGUGGGACCUGCCCACUGGCAAAAUGAUUGACUGUUUCUUGGUUGAUUCGGCGGUGACAUCACUGAGCAUGUCCCCGACCAGCGACUUCCUGGUAACGACCCACGUGGAUGACCUUGGCAUCUAUCUGUGGUCCAACAUGACCUUGUACACAUACGUGUCACUGAAACCACUCCCCGAACACUACGAACCUCAAACUAUGGCGGUGCCCAGUACGAGCCGCAGAGUCACAGCAGUGGAUGUGGAGGACGCAGAGGAGCUGGAGAUGUAUGAGAAAUCCGACUUCAAGUCUCCGGCACAGAUCUCAGAUGAGCUGGUGACACUGUCCCUUCUCCCCAACUCCAGAUGGCAGAACCUCCUGCACCUGGACGUCAUCAAGCUAAGGAACAAACCCAAGCAGCCCCCCAAGGUUCCCAAAGCUGCCCCAUUCUUCCUGCCAACGGUGCCAGGCCUGCAGCCCAAAUUUGUCCAGUUGGAAGCCGGCGAGGGAAACACUAAGAAGGGCUCUCGUAUCCUGUCCGGUAACCUACAACCACUCUCCCCCCUGGCUCAGCUACUGGAGGAUUCCAGGGACACAGGCAACUAUUCACCAGUACUGGAUCACCUGAAGGAACUGGGCCCCUCAGCUAUUGAUGUGGAGAUUCGCUCACUGGCGCCCUCUGGUGGAGGAAAUGUUCAAGUGAUGGCUGAGUUCAUGAAAUUCAUCAACCACAGUAUCAAGACCAACCACAACUUUGAGAUUGUGCAGGCCUAUCUGGGACUCUUCCUGAAGCUGAAUGCUGAUGUGAUAGCUGAGACCCCCGAGCUUGUGGAGGAAGCCAAGAGCCUAGUGACAAGUCACCGCGAGUCGUGGAGGACACUGGAAGACCUCUUCACCCAGUCACUUUGUCUGGUCACCUACCUGCGAUCUGCAACCUUAUAGCAGGACUUGGCCUUUGUGUAUAUAGAUGCAAUAAAAUGUACAUACUUA